AGGUCACCUUCGAGCUCUCGCACACGCCCGACGGCAAGGCGAGGGCAGACCAUGUCGUCCUCCGCGGGGGCCCGCGGGGCGGCGGCGGCGGUCCUGGCAGGUCGGGUCCAGGCGGCAUGACGUCCGGAAAGAUCUUGCGGUUUGACCGCGAGAAGGGCUAUGGUUUUAUGCGGGUUAAUGGUGGCGGGGAAGACGUGUUCUUUAUGGCCGACACGCUCCCGCCGGAGCUCCAGCCCAUCAUCAGGGGCGGCGGCCUCGUGAACGCCGAGGUGGAGGUGGAGGUCACCGUCAACGCCGAAGGGAAGCCGCGGGCGCAGCGGGUCUUCCCGCGGGGGCCGCCGAUGGCGCCGCCGCCCAUGGCGCCGUCCCGGCCGCCGCCGGGGCCGCCACCGGGCCCGCCGGGCCCGCCCCCGGGCCCGCCGCCGGGGCAGCGUGGGAACCUCAGCACAGGGACCAUCGUCACUUAUGAUGAGGCCAAGGGCUUCGGCUUCAUAAAGGCUGACGGCAUCGACGAGGAUAUUUUCUUCCUGAAGUCCGAGCUCCCCCCCGAGCUGCGCGAGGCGCCGCGGGGUCGGCUCGUGGACCAGCGGGUGGAGUUCGAGGUGCGGAAGAUGCCCGACGGGAAGAUGCGCGCGCAGCGCAUCGGGCUGCACUUCGUGCCGCAGUGGCCGGCGCCGCCGGGAGUCUACCCGCCGGGCCCGCCCGGGCCUCCCGGAGACGGCCGACGGUGCAUCGGCCGUAUCCGGAAGCUCGACCGAGCCAAGGGCUACGGCUUUAUCGAAGUGCCGGGGGAGCAGGACGUUUUCUUCAUGCCCAGCGCGCUCCCCAAGGACAUGGCGGAGAGCCGCGACAACCUCUCAGGCAUCGAGGUGUCUUUCGAGGUGAGGAUCAGCGAGGAGGGCAAGCCGCGGGCCAACGAGAUCCGGCCCGCUCCACCCCCGGGCCCGCCAGGCCCCUAUGGCAGGCCGCCGAUGGCGCCGUACGGCCCCCCGCCGAUGGGCCCGCCAGUGGGUCCGCCCAUGAUGGGGAUGGGCAUGCCGCCCUUCAUGGGGCCGCCCAUGGGGCCCAUGGGCAUGAUGAUGGGGGCGCCAGAUCGGGUUUAUUUCGGGCAUAUCGUGUCCUACGACCCGGCCAAGGGCUUCGGCUUCGUCGCCGCGGAGGGCGUCCCGGAGGACGUCUUCUUCCCGAAGGGCGAGCUUCCGCCGGAGCUGCGGGACCAGGAGAAGGGCAAGGUGCAGGACAAGAUCGUGUCCUUCGAGAUCCGGACC